UCCUCCCCGCGCAAUUCCAACUCCGUGGGCCCCUCCCCUCCCUGCUUCCCUCAGGCCGAGGCGCAGAGGAAGGGAAGGUGGACGGCAGGAGAGGUGGGCCCUUCCCUUGCCACUGCAGCAGGAGGAGGGAAAGGGAAGGAAAGGUGGCGGGGUGCUUCUGGGAGGAGGAAGAGGGGGCUGCAAGGCAAGGAGGAGGAGAAGGAGGAGAAGGGAUGCCGCCUUCCCUCCGGGGCGCUCCUCCGUCAAGAUGCAGCCCGCGCUCCUCGGCCAGAGCCACGCCGGAGCCCGAGACCACGAACAACAGCAGCAGCAGCAGCAGCAAGUGCAGCUGCGGCAAAAGCUGAGGGAAUUGCCGGCGCUGCUCCGGAGCGGGCUCACGCUGCGGAGGAAAAACUCCACCGGCGGAGGACGGAUUGUCUCAAGAAGGAUUUCAAAUCCCUAUCUGGAAAAUCCUCCCAGCAAGAUUUAUGGAGAGGGUGCAUCAUGUGCUGCGAGAGCUCUCAGAAAUGUUUUUGUUCUACAAGCUUCUGAUCUGGUGAAAGACAGGAUGUCUCUCAUGGGGCUUUGCAGGCGAAGCUGCAUUGGAUCUGAACUUGUAGAUUGGCUGUUAAAGCACUGUCCUUUCAUUAAGGCCAGAUCUGCAGCAGCGGGUAUUUGGCAGCUCCUGCUGAAUAUGGGAAUUGUGUUAUCAGUGGACAGGCAGGUUUCCUUCCAGGACAAGUAUGUUUUCUACCAGUUCUCAGCUGAUGAGUGUACAUAUCUUUUCUGUGAAUAUGAAGGAGAAGAUGGAUGGAAAAAUGGUGUCAAACUUUUACUGCAGCUGGUGCCUGUUAUUCCUACAAGGAUUAACACGUGUAAUUUGAAUAACAGAAAAAUAGAAGACUCCACUGAAACAAAUGCUGAAAUUCUUGCUCGCCUCACAGCUGCGGUGCAGAGAGAAUUGGCUACAGUUCUUGCUAUGAAGGCAAGAAAAUCAGCAAUGAGUCAUAAUGAUGAACAUGGCAGUGAAGAAGCAACCCGGCAAGAAGAUCAGAAGAAUGUUCAUGAUGCAGAGGCAGGAGUUAUGUGCAAACUUCAAGAACGAGAGGAUAUCGGGCGCCUUGAACUUGUCCAGAAACUGGCAAAAGAAAAUAGCCAUCUUCUACAUGGAGACAAAAAAGAACCAGAGAAGACAGAUCAGCUGGAUGAUGAAGUGACUACUAUUCAAGUGAAGGAACUGGACCAAGAUGUGCUGGUGCUUAAGAAGGUGUCGUCACAUAGCCCAGCCCCCACAACAGGGAGUGCCGAAAGUGAUUGGAGAUAUGUGGUGGUGUCCGGGACUCCCGAGAAGAUUUUGGAGCACCUCUUGAAUGACUUGCACCUGGAAGAAGUACAGGACAAAGAGACAGACACUCUCCUGGAUGACUUUCUUCUCACAUACACAGUCUUCAUGACAACGGAUGACUUGUGCCAAGCUCUCUUGAGGCAUUAUUGUGCUAAGAACCAUCAAGGGAAAGAAGAAAGGUCGGAUGUUCCCUGCAGAAAGCGAAAAGUCUUACAUUUGGUGUCUCAGUGGACUUCACUCUACAAAGACUGGUUACAUGAAGAUGAGCAUUUAAAGCAGUUUCUAAAGACAAUAUACAGGAAUGUGUUAGAUGAUGUAUAUGAAUACCCUAUGCUUGAAAAGGACCUGAAAGAAUUCCAGAAAUUACUUGGAAUGCACCGUCGUCACACUGUUGAUGAGUAUUCACCUCACAGAAAGCAUAAAGCCAUUUUGCAUCAGUUCAGCCUAAAGGAGAACUGGCUUCAGAACAGAGGGACUGUGACUGAAACAGAAGAAGUUUUUUGCCGUGUGUAUAUAACAGAACAUUCUUAUGUCAGCGUAAAAACUAAAGUAUCCACUUCAGCACAGGAGAUCUUGAAAAUAGUGGCAGAAAAGCUCCAGUGUUCGCAGGAAGACUUGGCUCUAGUGGCGCUUUCGUUCUCUGGAGAAAAACAUGAAUUACAACCAAAUGACCAUGCCAUUUCCAAAUCCCUUGAGUUAUCUGCUCGCAUGUUUGUGUUUCGAAAGGAUCUGACAGAUACUCUGAAUCCCUUUGCUGAAAACGAUGAAACUCAGCAACGUUCAGUGAGGAUUCUGGGAAUUAACACUUGGGACCUUGCUCUGGAGUUAACAAAUUUUGACUGGAAUCUUUUCAACUUGGUUCAUGAGCAAGAGCUGAUAUACUUCACCUUCAGCAGACAGGGCAGUGGGGAAAACACUGUGAAUCUUAGUCUUCUCCUUCAAAGAUGCAAUGAAGUUCAACUCUGGGUUGCCACAGAAAUAUUGCUCUGCAACCAGCUCUGUAAACGUGUACAGCUUGUGAAAAAGUUCAUUAAAAUUGCUGCUCACUGCAAAGCCCAAAGAAACCUGAAUUCAUUUUUUGCCAUUGUUAUGGGUCUCAACACUGCAUCAGUCAGCCGACUUUCUCAGACAUGGGAGAGAAUCCCUGGAAAGUUUAAGAAGCUCUUCACUGAACUUGAAAGUCUGACAGAUCCUUCUUUGAAUCAUAAAGCCUACAGGGAUACAUUCAAGAAAAUGAAGUCUCCAAAAAUUCCCUUCAUGCCUUUACUCCUGAAAGAUGUAACAUUUAUACAUGAGGGAAAUAAAACAUUUCUGGAUAACCUUGUUAACUUUGAAAAACUGCACAUGAUUGCAGACACGGUCCGAUCACUGAGACAUUGCAGGCGCAACCAGUUUGGAAACGAAGUGCCCGCAAAAGAGCAUCAGGAACUGAAGUCGUACGUCCAUCACUUGCACAUCAUUGAUAACCAGCAGAUGUUGUUUGAGCUUUCUCAUAGGAUAGAGCCUCGUGUGUGAACCCAGGCGGACUCACCUAACUGAUGCACUUUCAAUUAAGUGAAUGUUUAUGCCAAGCAUGUUGCUUCCCUAGGAGAGAGAUGGUUUACUGAGUUUUAUCAGUAACUGAUGCCAUAAUGUGCAUGCAUCUCUUGGAAAGUAAGAAGAGGAGCUCUUUGAAGCAGCCUUCUGUGAGGAAGGAAUGCCAAAUACAUUCAACUGCAGGACAGAGAAAAAAAGGAACAGCAUUCUCCACUUUCAGACAUAUGGCUUCUUUGGAAAUAUAUCUUGGUCCAGAGUAGCUUUCAGUUCAGAUUCCAUCAGUGUUAAAUUGAAAUAAAAUGUCAUAUUGCUAUGAAGGGACUUUUCAACAAGCAGCAUUGUGUGAGAAAGGUGCAGAUGAUUUUCUGCAUAAGGAUGAGCACCUGUCUGAUUCUAAGCUGCCAAAGUAUUGACUGUUGCCAAAAAGUAAUAAUGGAGCUUCUGAGUAGUUUUCCUUGGGUAUGUAUGUGUCAACCACUGCACAACUGAAAUAUUGACAAACAACAACUUGUAGGAGACCAGCUUACUAACAGAAUUCAAACAAAUUGUAAAAUUAUAGCAAAGCACCAGUUGAUAAUUUGUUUUAGCAUGCCUUACAUUUACAGCAAACUUCCCAUAGUAUUGUGAUAAUACAUACAGUGCUUUUAUACUGGAUUGAGUCAAACAGUGCUUUGAGCAUUUUUAUAGCUAGUGCUAUUUAAAUUGCAGAAUCAUCUUUUCCCACCUCCUUGCUCAAUUAUUUUAAUUCCGGUAUCCAAUUUUCUCUUCAAUUCAAUGAGGCACUAGCUUUAUUAGAGGUCACAUUCUCAGGUGUCAUUGCCAUCAGAAGUGAACAUUGUGAAAAAUAAAUGGUGCAGGUUUUGCUCUUUGAUUACUGUAUGGUUAGGCAGUGACUGCAAUGCCUAUAUAUGGCUGCCAACUUGUCUCAGAACAGUGGCUAACUAGAUAGGCAAGGAUAUAUCAGAGGGUUUACUAUAAGGGUGUAAUUAUAUGAAAUAGCAGCAACCUUUAGUUUAUGAUUUCACAGAAGAAAAAUGUCUUCCCUCAGUCCUAGAGUGUUUUCAGACUGUUUAACCUAUGUCUUGCCCUUCAAGGAUAUGCAUGGAAUGCACCCUUGGAACUAGUUUACUGUAAAAGUCCUAUGGCAGUCAUUCAAAAAAUAACAUCUAUACAAAACUGGAAUAGACACUUACUGCAUGACAGUUAAGCUUCUCUGUGGUUUCCAUAAUAGUCACUGAAAGUGGCCUGUAAUAUUUUACUAUGUUACUAUGUUGAUUCUGCUGUGCACAUAUUCUACCAUUUUGAAAUACCAAAAGACCUCAGAGAUUAUUCAGGGGCUUAAUUCAAGCCUCAACCCUACUGAUUUUAAACCUUUGUGUGAGUGUUCUGCCAGUUCCUCUUCAGAGUUAAAGGAGAUAGUAUUACUGGUUAGGAGCGAUUUAAUUAAUUUUUUUCUGUGUGUCAGGAGUGACUUGAGAAAUCGCAAGCUGCUUCUGGUGUGAAAGAAUUGGCUGUCUGCAAGGACGUUGCCCAGGGGAUGCCUGGAUGUUUUACCAUCCUGUGGGAGGCUUCUCUCUUGUCCCUGUAUGAGAAGUCGGAGCUAACAAACUGGAGCUCACCCCGCUCCCUGGAUUCGAACUGCUGACCUUUUGGUCAGCAGUCCUGCUGGCACAAGGGUAUAACCCAUUGCACCACUGGGGGCUCCUCUUAAUUGAAUGCUGAAUAUGGAGUCCAGGAUACAACAUGUAAAAUGUUGAGACUACAAAAGCUAAAAUCCAACAAAAACCAAAUUGGGAGCAUGUUCAAGGGAAAGAUUUUGGAACCACUCCCCAGGUAAAGCCUGAUGUAAAGUCUUUGUCAUAUUUCUCUCAUUAGGAUGCAACUUAAUGACUUAGACAUAAUUUGAAGAAUGACUGCUGGACCUUAAUCUGAUGUGAGAUAGGGUUUCAUCAUGAAGAGUGGUCAGCGUUUUUUGAAAGACGGAUGCUGCUAUUAACAAAAGUAAUAUGAUACAGUGUGACAGAAGCUCCUUAGAGGCUUUUAAACAGGCUAGAUGGCUAUCUGUUGGUGGUAUUUUGAUUUUUUUUUCCUGUAUGGCAGGGAGUUAGACUAGAUGGCUCCUGUGGUCUCUUCCAACUCUAUUUUCUAUUAUUCUAACAUGGGAGGUAGGGCACGUGUGAUUUCAGGGGUUCUGCCAUUAGGUUUUGGACACUUUCGUUUCAACCAGCACACUUUUCCAGUUGGGAAAAUAUGACAGUGUUAAAGCAAAAGCUCUUUGAGACACCUGGCUCCCAUGCAACACAUAUCAAAUCCUUGUCCAGGUGCUUGUGUCAAAAGGUAAAUCCUGGGAUUUCAAAACAUGACUCAGGAGUGAACAUUCCCAUCUGAAUCAUUCUCCUUCUUCGACAUCUUUUUUCAGUUUUAUAGAUCAAAGCAACAUGUUAAUGUUCCCUGAAAUCAUAUAUGUAUUUUCCAUUUUAAUUGAGAAUACCUUCAUUGCUGUAGCGUUGAGUUUUGCACAGAAUGAUUGGUAGAUAUGAUGCAAGGCAAUAUAUUUCACGGUCCGAAUUUAUUUAUAUGUAACUUUGUACAUACUCCUUUAUAGCAGCAGUGUGUGUAUAUUGCUUUGCAGGAGAGAAGAUUUAGCUAAAAUACAAAUCUUCUGAAUAAUUUGAACUCUUUCCCCUUGUUAUUUGUGGUUGUUAGAGCAUCACCUUCAUAAAUGUUGUUAUAUUAAAAAGAAGCUUUAAGUGGUAGGGUUUGGCAGAUUUUUUAAAUUUUAUUUUGGGGCAAUGGAGUGAAGAUUGGCUUCACCAAUAUGAAAAUUGUGAAAAUACUGUACAGGUAUAUAAUGUAAAGACAAUGUAUGUUUCAGAAAUGUAAUUUAUUGUACAUUCUGUAAUGGAUAUAUUAUAUUAUUUCUCUGAAUAGCAUUUACCUGGUAAAAAGGGGGUGGAAACUGAUAAAUAUCUGUUGUUCAGAUAUUUGCAUCUGUUGGUAGGAAUUUAGAUAAACUAUUCUAGCAAAUGAAUGGAGCUUUCUGUUAAACAUCCUACUGCAACCUAACUGGAGGGGCAAGAUAUUUUUAAUUGAAUGGCAGCACAUAUCCUUUGCAGUGGAUGAACUAUACAUUUUGGCUGUAUGCAUGAUUUCUGCUCUCACACACAAACUUUUAUUUAAAAAACGGUUGUAAAUAACUCUUAAAAAGUAUAGAAGCAAACCAGACCUUCAGAGAAUAGAAGUAAAUAUUGCAAAAGAAGGGAUUGCAUGAUGCCUGCCUCGUGCAGAGUAAUGUUUGCAGGGACAAUUAGGCCAGUUUCUAAACCUGUACAACAUUGUAAACCAAAUUUAAGAAAGUUUUUCUAGAAAGUGGGAAUCUAAAAAUAAUAAGAAACUCUUCUCAAACUUACAGUUUACCCCAGAAAGUGUACCAAGUGUUUUUGAAAAAUACAUUCGUCUCCUUUCCAGACUCGAGAUGAUAUGCUCAAUUACGGACCAUAAUUUGAGAGCUUGGUACAGAAGAACAGAAAAACAUAUGUAGUCACUGGGUUGUUGUAGGUUUUUCAGGCUGUAUGGCCAUGUUCUAGAAGCAUUCUCUCCUGAUGUUUUGCCUGCAUCUAUGGCAGGCAUCCUCAGAGGUGAAAUGUCAGGAGAGAAUGUUUCUAGAAUAUGGCCAUACAGCCUGAGAAACCUACAACAACCCAGUGAUUCCGGCUAUGAAAGCCUUUGACAAUACAUAUGUAGUCAGUCUUACCUGCAAGUGCUUUCUCCCCCUUGCAUGUACAUUAACUGGCACAUAUUUGCUGGUAAAAUAUGUUGUUUCUUCUACAGUUAAAAAUAGCUCUAAUGCACUAAUUCUUUGCCCUCACAAACCCGGUAAGGUAAUAAUGUGAGUCAACUGGUUUCCCUGAUUAGUUGUGUUCUAAAUUCCACCAGAAAAACCAACCAAUUAUUCCUAUACCAUUUUCUCAUUCUUUCCACAUUUUACUAGUUUUUUUCUACACUCCAUAGGCAGUUCAAUGAAGCAAUGGAUAAAUCCCAAAGGUAAUACGGAAGCCACUUGGCCAAAACUACUAAUCAAAAUUAAGUUAUAAACUAUUUUAUGAUGCCAGAGAUGGACUAAAAUUACAACUUUGACAUAGCAAAUGCAAAGAUUAAGAUGGUUGAUUAACAUAUGGAUAAUAUACCUAUGGGGCCCCCGGUGGCUCAGUUGAUUAAACCGCUGAGCUGCUGAAUUGGCUGACCGAAAGGUUGCCAUUUUGAAUCCAGGGAAUGAAGUGAGCUCCUGCUGCUAGGCCCGGCUUCUGCCAACCUAGCAGUUCGAAAACAUGCAAACCGCUUCUGCGGGAAGGUAACAGCACACCCAUGCAUUCAUGCUGGCCACAUGACCUAGGAGGUGUCUAUGGAUAGUGCUGGCUCUUUGGCUUAGAAAUGGAGAUGAACACCACUUCCCAGAGUCAGACGCGAUUAGACUUAACCAGGUGAAACUUUUAGCUGUACCUAAUAUAUCUAUUGCUGAGUAAUGUCAAACACAUCAGUUUGGAGAGACAGAUGCAACAAUGCCUUGUGUCAUUUAAAAAAAUGAUAUGCGGGACAGUAUUAAACGAAACUAAAUAUAUUAUUAUUAAGGAAACUAUGUAAGACCAUUACCUUCAGAUAUCAUCUUACUGCUAAAGAACCAAAUAGUUUUUCUUCAAAAAUACGCUCAGACUGUAGUCUGUUUAAUGCAGAAAACAUAAUCCAAGGUUGGGCUCAGGAAAAAAAAAAUAAUUUUGCAAGUUUGCAGCCAAAGCCACCUGUGGAUGGCACUGUUAAGAAUGGGCAGCUGUCUACAUAUUUAGAAGCCCACUUCUCCCCAGUUCCUGGAACACUUUAAAAAAUUGUGAGACUGAAUAACUUCACAUCUUAUACAUCAAACUAAUGUUUAAAUGUAUAAAAGCAAGUCUAGGUUACAAACGACAUAAAAAGUGGACUGUCUUCUGGAAACAUGAUGGAAGAAUUAAGCCUAUUGACUGAACCAGUGUUUUGGUAGCUGGUGUUUUGAUACCUAUCAUUUACAUUGUGAAUUGGGUGAGCGCCAUGGCAAGCAAAGGGUUUCAGAAAAGGAAUUUGAAUACCUACUUAAUUCCCUACUAAGAGCAUUGGGACCUACAACUGCAAUCCCAUAUUGAACAUAAUGGGAUUUGCUUCUGAUCAAACAUGAAUUAGAUUGCACUAUAAAUUUAUCCAGAUUGAGCCUCUUGUUAAUUGAUCGCUGUUAUACUUUGUAGCUAUCAAGAGACUCAGCAAUUAAAGCAGAGGAGAGGAAACUACAACUUUGCAGCAAUACUUGUAAACCCAGUCACUUUAUCAAUUUAACAUAUUUUGGGCCCUCAUAAGCAAAUAAAUACUCAACAAACUGAAUAACAUACAAAUAUACAUACAUCAAAUAGUUGGAUUAAAAAUGCAAGCAAAGUGAGCUGUACAUAUUAACCUUUUUAGCAGAGUUAAAUGACUAUUUCCAUAGCAUAUUUAUUUGUAUUCUUCUACUAUUAGAUAUUGAAUACAGUCAAUAAACAGGGGUAAGGCACUUGUCCUGUCAAUUCUGGUCUUUGAAGUGCUACCUUCCUGUCAACUUGCAUUAAUGGUAACAUUGCCCAAACCAAGGUUAUUUGUGUAACUUCUCAGGGACCACACUAUGUACUUACCCACUGAUAUUUGAACUGCUGUGUAUAAAAUGCUCCCGAUUGACCAGGAACAUGGUUGCCAAUGUAUUCCGUGCUUGUUGGCCUCUGUAUAUAUCAUUGUGUUGUGUAUUUAUGAGAGCUAGUAAGCAAUAAUUUAUAUGUCAAAAUGGCCAAGCAAUACAAAGACAAAACUUGUAAAAGCAAAUGUUAUGUUUUAACUUUUUUUAAAUAUUGCUUUUCAAAAUACAAACUGUACUAAUGAAA